GGGGUCGCUGUCACUCAUGAGAAACUGCAGCUACGUGCUAGCUUGUGGGAGUCGCCAACGCUAGGAAUAGCUUCACAGAGCGUUCUCACACUUGGUGCCAACAAAGUACAGGACGUGUCACAUGAGCGAGCGUCCGUCAUAAAGCCAACGGGAAGGACAAUCACGGACUUUCAUCAGAAGAUUCAUGCUGAUGUUGAGACAUCAGACUUGCAGGUUUUCGGCUCGACUGGUUCCACAGUGACUCACGUCCUCGGGCUACAAAAGGAGGAGCUUUGGGCUCGGAGGCUGAACAGCAAAAGACAGAAGCAGUCGCUCCCCGCUCUGCCAGUCAAUCACUUCCAGAGCCGGACCUCGCUCGCUUGAACGGAACCACGACAAAACCAGCGGAGACGUGGAAAACCACCAGGAGCUUCGGAGAGAAUUCCACUGCAGAAACCGGUCGGACAGGACCGGGGGGUUGUGAGACCAGCUCGGUGAUUUCACGUGUGGGUUGGUUUUUGCUUGUUGCCGUGCGUGAAAAGCCGUGAGAACUUCCAGGCCGUCCAAAUGGCAAACAGCUCCGGGUACCAGCUCAUCGAGGACUGCGACGCCACGCACACGACGCUCUACAAGUUCUACGCCGCCAUCAUGAUUCUCAUAUUCAUCCUGGCCAUCCCGCUCAACAUGUCCGUCCUGCACCUCUUCAUCUUCAAGCUGAAGUUCUGGAAGUCCAACACCAACAACGUGUUCCUCUUCAACCUGGUGCUGGCCGACAUCCUGCUGCUCUUCUGCCUGCCCAUCAAGGCUCACAACUUCAUCCAUGGCGAGCGCAGGAGCGGCAACGAUGCCGUGUGCAAAGCCAUGCUCUUCAUGCUGUUCCUCAACCGAGGAGCCAGCAUUGCCUUCCUCACCGUCACCUCCAUCGACCGCUACUUCAACGUGGUGCACCCGGGCCGCAGGAACCUACUGAAGGCUCUCAAGAAGACACCGCACAUCUCCAUCUUCAUAUGGGUGCUCCUCCUGCCCCUCACCAUCCCCACCAUGCUCAAGAACUUCGACUGCUGCAACAGCCACAAGAGCAACGGGAAGGACACCUUGAUCGAGGACGUGGUGGACAGCCUGCGAGAGGCGGUCUUCUUCACGCAGAUCAUCAUCCCCUUCGUCAUCCUGGUCUACUGCACCGUGCGAAUCGUCAACCGGCUCAGGAAGAAGACCGUCGGGGACAGGACCAAGCUGAGGAGAGCCGUCUUCCUGGUGACGUCGGUCAUGGUGGUCUUCUCGCUCUGCUUCCUGCCCUGUACCAUCUCCAGGGUGAUCCUGUUGGUGGCCCGGGUCGAGGAGUGGGAAAACGCCUCCCAGGACAAAGCGACCGUGGCCUUCGACGGCCUCAUGGUGCUGUCCUACAUGGACUGCCUUCUGGACCCGCUGGUCUACUGCUUCUGCAGCACCAAGUUCAAGGCGCUCUACAUCUCCAGUUACUUCCCGUUUUGCAGCAAAGACAGUCCUCUUCAGCUGGACAGCUCCUCCACGGCGUACACCUCAAAUCCCAAACGCAACAAUGUCAUCUGAAGGUCAACCAGGGACCAGGGGGGACGAGACAGACCCACAGCCCCUCGCAUGGAAUUGACUUGUUAAGGGAGACCUGGACUGAUUUGCAAGCCGUGUUGAUGUCCAUUUGUGUUUAGGAUUCAUUACGUCCGCCUUAGCUAGCAGCUAAAACAACAUUUUACAUUUCCUUUUCAUGCACAUUAGCGCCGCCUACAGGACCGGAGUGGGGCAACAUCUCAGGCUGUCUUGAUUUCCUUUCCAAUGGAAUUUCCAAUGUUUAUGUUUAAAGCUGUCCUGCUUUUCUUUUCUUUUGUCCUUCCUCGCACAAGCAAACAUCACACAUACAACAUCUGGCAGAAUACGUCACCGUCCAGCACGUGCGGCAUCUGACACUGGGAGCACGUGCGGCAUCUGACACUGGGAGCACGUGCAGCAUCUGACACUGGGAGCACGUGCAGCAUCUGACACUGGGAGCACGUGCGGCAUCAAACAGUGGGAGCACGUGCGGCAUCCGACACUGGGAACAUUUGUGGCAUCUGACACUGGGAGCACGUGCGGCAUCUGACACUGGGAGCACAUGCAGCAUCCGACACCGGGAGCACAUGCGGCAUCCGACACGGGAGCAUGUGCAGCAUCCGACACUAGGAACAUGUGCGGCAUCCGACACCGGGAGCACGUGCGACAUCCGACACUGGGAGCACGUGCGGCAUCCAACACUGGGAGCACGUGCGGCAUCCGACAGUGGGAGCACGUGCAGCAUCCGACACUGGGAGCACGUGCGGCAUCCAACACUGGGAGCACGUGCGGCAUCCGACAGUGGGAGCAUGUGCGGCAUCCAACACUGGGAGCACGUGCGGCAUCCGACAGUGGGAGCACGUGCGGCAUCCGACACCGGGAGCACGUGCAGCAUCAUCAUAAUAUUCUGACCUUAUAAUAUUUUAAUUCUAUGCUACUAAAAUGACAUUAUUUUUUAUCAUAUUAUGAUUUAGUCCAACAUAUUUUUCUGGGUGUAAUGUGACUUUUUUUCCUUAAUAUUUUGACUUUAUUCUGAUAAAAUAACAGCUCCUUUUUAUUUUCCAACUAUGUCAAUAUUUUGGCUUUAUUCCCAGAAUAUUAUAACUUUUCAUCAACCUAAUUUUCCAAAAAUGAUAACUUUUUUGGUAUUCCAACUUUUUUUUUAAAUUGUUCAAAUGUAUGCUACUUUAAUGAUGUUCUUUUUUCCUCAUAACAAAUGCUUUAUUCUCAUCAAAUUAUGACUUUUUUUUCUCCAAAUAUUUUGAUUUUAUUGUUAUUUAUAUGUUUCAACUGUUAGUUUUCAUGUUAAAUGAUAUAUUUAGAAUGAGCUAAAAAAAAAACUUUAUGUCCCACUAACCUAACCUUUUGUGUGUGGUUGGUCCUGAUCCGGGGCCACAAACGGACUUUGGACACCCCUGCCUUACCUUUUGUAAAAACAAACCAACGUUCCAACAAUGUUAAGUGUCUCCUGCAGGCUUUGUGUUAUUUCAAGCUGUUAAAUGUUUACACGUCUUAAGAUGGGCUAGAAGCUCCUUAGCAAUGCUAAAGAUGGCGGCAUGACUGACUACAGCUGUACUAAGAACCAUAAUAAACAUA